AGGCAGCAAACAUCCACCUGGACUGCCUACAUACAACCCUUGUCUGGUUGUGUAGAAGAAGCUUUCUUACUCUCAGACCAGAUUUGUCUUCAGAACAGAUUCCUUGGGUUUUGACCCGGUCUUCCUCCUGCUCCUCUUCCGAUCCUUUGGGCUUGCACGCACCUUGAACUGGGUCGUCAUUCUUAAUGAACCUACUCCUCGCUUGUACUCACCUCUCUGUCUCUUCCCCAAGCCUAGCAGCGACAAUCGGCACUGGCCUCACUCCUUCAGGGAAGAUUGCGAACACAUUGCACCAAGCUUUGAACCCGAGCUUUCAAGGAGGCCAAUAAACAGACGAGGAAUCCCCGCUUUGCGCAGCUGCAACCUGGCGGAUACAAUCAAGUCCCAUUACAACCGCGUUGCAGCUCACGAUCACUGUCCCCGCGCUCAGUUUCUCUGCGCUGUUCCCCGUCAUUCAGUCAAGUACACGUAGAAGAUGGGCCUCGCCUACAACACGUACCUCAACAGCAGCAAAAUCUACGGCUGCAAGACGUGCAAAGCGCACCUCGCCAAUCAUGAGGACAUAAUCAGCCGAAACUUUCGAGGCCAGCACGGCAAAGCCUAUCUAUUCAAUAAUGUCGUGAACAUUGACAUGGGCGAGCCAAGCGAGCGCAAUAUGACAACUGGGAGGCAUAUCGUCCGUGAUAUCACUUGCCGACAGUGCAAAGAGACCGUGGGAUGGAAGUACGACAAGGCGUACGAAACUACUGAGAAGUACAAGGAGGGCAAGUUCAUUCUGGAGGCGGAGCUUCUCUGCAAUGUGACGUGAGGUUUCUUGUAUGGGACCUCUGGCCGGCCUAGAGUCGACAGUCGCUCACGGCAAACAUACUCGGGUUCUUACACUCCACCCCGCAUCGACAUUGGCCUCGAGUCACAUCGAAAGAGCAGUAGUUGAGGAUAUAAAUAUUCGGUAUUUAUCUAGAAAAUGAAGCACAAGGUUGCCUCAUGUCGAACAUCGAGGAGUAAGGAGAACCCGUGUCUGCGCAUCUUGGAAGGGAUGUUACUUGCAUGUCGUAAUAUUGUCCGGCUUGCGUGAACACGUUCUCUCAAUUCGAUUGUUGCUUCUAUUCUCCUUGAUAAACGUCGGAGGCUCCCUGCCUAAUGCUGAAUAGGAUCCUCUGGCAACAGCUCUUCAAUCUCCUCAUCAGGUCGUAACGCUUUGAAGGGUGGCUGCACAAUGCCAUUGAAGACGAAUGUGAAGUAGACAAGCAGCGCAAAGCCAACAACCUGCAGCCACUUGAAGGUCUCCCAACGAAGACCGAGAGACACUAUCCAGAUGAAGAGUGUCC